UUAAACACCACGCAUGGCGCUCGCACACCUCGACUCUUCAACUCAACCUGACAACAAGCUGUGGGAAUAAAAGCUGAAUAAAGAGCAGCGUUCAGCAAAACACGACCUCCUGGAAAAGCCAAUUACUUCCUCUGCACCUGAAGAGCUGCAGGAUUUGGACUCAGACAGAUUUUAUCUGUUUCCUGAGGGAACUUCAUCGAACCGGCGGAAGUACCAACUCUGUGCAGUAAAUCCACUUUAUAAUCUUACCUUAUAGUCUUUCGCGGGACUUUUCUGAGCGGUCCAUGACAAUGCCUGUGGUCAAAGUGGAGAAAGACUCUUCAGCAGACAACACCUCGUCCGCCUCCAACCCUCCGCCGCAGACGGAGGAGCAGCCCAGAGGUCGGAGGAGGAAGAGACCUCUCCAGCGAGGGAAACCCCCUUACAGCUACAUCGCUCUCAUUUCCAUGGCCAUAGCUAACUCCCCUGACCGCAAGCUGACUUUGGGAGGCAUCUACAAAUUCAUCACAGAGCGCUUCCCCUUCUACAGAGACAAUUCAAAGAAAUGGCAGAACUCAAUCCGGCAUAAUUUGACUCUCAAUGAUUGCUUUAUCAAGAUCCCUCGAGAGCCGGGGCGACCGGGGAAGGGCAACUACUGGGCUUUGGACCCAAACGCAGAGGACAUGUUUGAAAGCGGCAGCUUCCUGAGGCGCAGGAAGAGGUUUAAGCGCUGUGACUUCAGCACUUACACCUCGUAUGUCCACGAGGCCCCGGUUUUCUCUCCUGUCCAGAUUGCCAGAUCAGCUGCAUACGCCAACUCCGUCUACCCCAACAUGACGGUCAGCCCGACCUACGGGCAGCAGCUGCCCUCUGCCUACUACCCCUCUUCAUCUCCUCCUGGCUUUGGACCAGGUCAGACCCGCAUGUUCAGCAUCAAUAACCUCAUAGGGCACCCGAGUCCAGCCAGCAUGCUGGGAGGUCAGGGUCCAGAUGUGAUGCAGCAGCCCAACCGGAGCUUCAGUCCUGAGGGGCAUCCAAACGGAUCCAGUCCCUGCAGCCUGGGGGCUUUCCAGAGCCAAGCAUGCGGAGGGGCAGUAUCAUCCCGCUCCACGCAUCCCGGGUUCGCGUACUCAGGGCCGAACGGCCACCCACACCACCAUACACACCAGGGUUCGUAUGGACAGGGCCACACCCAGGGGUACGCAGUGACAGGACGCCUCCAUUCCUCAGCCCACGGGUCCGCAGAGUCCAUGGACCAUUACGGCAGGGUCUCCCCAGUGCAGCUGGGCUCUUUCUCCCAGUAUAGCAGUGCCGCAGGUCCCAUCUCCAACACUGGGGGUUACCUGAGACACCCCACGUACCCGGGGAACAUGGACAGGUUUGUGUCUGCCAUCUGAGCUGCUGAGAACCGAGAUCCGAGCAUCUCGCCACCUUCACGGAACAUCAGAGACUUGAGACGGCGCCAAGUGAGCCAAACACGACUGUUUUUCAUUUAUCAAAGACAAAAGUAGACAGACUGAUUAAAAACGCCUUUCCUGACACAACUGUGACCACAUUAACCCCACAACCCGUCUCCCACAUGGAUGGUAAUUCACUUUGAGAUACACGCUGUAAAUUUGGAUUCAAUGUCGAGGCCUCAUCGCAGGAUGUGAGGGUGUAAAAUUCAUCCGAUGCCGUGUGCGGUUGCAAGCUUUUUCUUUUUGUGAUGGAUUGAAUGUGCAAGUUUAAUAUUUACAUUACUGGUGAGUUUAAGUGACAGACUUUGAAAUGUUAGAAUAAAUUAUUGUGCUUCAUGGUCAUAGGCUUUGCAAUAAGUGGCUUGUAUGAAGAACGUCAGCUUUAGUAUAUUUGCAUGUAUUUUGUUGCCAAAUGAAAAUGCAUAUGAGGUUGCCUUUUUGGAAAUAAACAGAAUUUUGUUCUUCAAGAAUAAAAUAUAAUUUUUUUUGAUGAA